AUGGACUAACGUAACAGGUCCACUGAGCCAUAAGAGCAUCAAACCAGAACCAGAUCUCAGUCUUCUCUCCUCUCUAUAUUCAAUUAUGGAUGGAAUAAGUAGUGAGAUACCUGAUUGUAUUAAAAAAGUAUGUACUGUUAGUCCUAAUGUACAAAAUAUUUCUGAUAAAGAAGUACAAUGUAUAGAACAAAUACAAUUAUCUUCACCAAAAAAAAGAAGAGGUAGACCUAGAAAAACUGCAGAUAAUUCUACAAAUAGAAAUAUAGCACAUAAUAUAACAAUUAAUAAUAGUAUCUUGGAAAACACUGUUAAUACCGAAUACAUGACACGCAGAAAAAGGUAUACUAGAAAAAUCACAAUUGCUACUAGUGAACUAGAUGAUGUAAAUGAUGACAGUAAUGUUGAAGAUGAAUUUGGUAUCAAGAAGCGUGGUCGACCAGUUGGUAGUAGAGGUCGGAGACGAGGUGGAAGUCGAGGUCGUGGUAGAGGAGUAUUACAAAGGUCGUUAGAUAAGGAAUAUGUUCCUUCUUUCAAACAAAAAAAUAGUUUUACAUUAAGAGAAACAGAAGAUAAAAAAUUAGAUCUGGAAGAUACAAAACCCAAUCUUGAAAUAAGUAUUGAAAAUGAUAAGACGAGUUUAAAUGCUUCAAAUAUUGAAAAGAAUAUAGAAUUAGUAACUUGUGCGAAAUGCCAAGAACAAAUACAGAAAAGACAGUGGUCUACACAUAAUUUAUAUCGCCAUAAUAAUAUGGCUUGGCGUGAAAAUGAAGAACCAUUGAACUUCGAAAAUAACGACAAAAUGUUGAAAAAAGUGUUAGCUUCUGCUCUUAAAACAAAAAAGAAAAGGACAUCCCAACGUACCUAUUCAUAUCUAACAUGUGAAAAGUGUGGAAUUGCAAAACGAAGUGUUGUUGGCUUUAUAUCACAUAUGCAAUUUUGUGGAAAGUCAGAAGCGGAAAAGCAAGCAUUAAUGAUGACAUGUUCUACUUGUCAAGCCGUUAUGAUGCCUUCUUCCAUGGAAAUACAUGAACGUAGUCAUAAGCAUUUAGAAAAGAACAAAGAUAAAGAAACUAUACAUACAGAGAUGCCAAUUAUACAAACAGAAAGAGUUAAACGGAAAGCUGCAGAAAGAGCAGUACCGAAGAUAAUGGAGCUUAACAAAUAUGCAAAUGAAGAACUUUCACUCAAGAAAAUAAGACGCGAUUCUUUUAUAGCGAAGCAGCAAACUGAAAGAAGAAUACCAAGCAUUUGGAAAGCUAUUUGGAAGAGAGAUUUGGCUUCAAACGGUAUUGCAUGUUGUAGACAACCAAGUUGUACUUAUAAGUGUUCUUCAUAUGAAAGUAUCUUGGAACAUUUUUUUAAAUGUAAUUUUAUUCCGCAUGAGAGUUUUCUGUGUAAACUUUGCACAUUUACUGCAAAUUCUAAAAACAAACUCAAAGAUCAUUUAAAAAAAGUUCAUGCAAGUGAAGACUUCGAAAAAGAUCCUGAUUUUGAUGAAAACGAUGAAGAAAGUGAGGAAGAUGAAGAAGACGAGGAGAAUUCAUCGGAUGAAAACAUAAAUGAAUUUAGUAUUAAAAAAAAAUAUUGUUUUGACAGAUCAAAAACAAAAUACAAGAAAAUAGCUAUUUUGGAUAAAGACUUAACACAAAACCCACAGUCGACUGAACUUUUUAAGCCAACUUUAUAUUGGACUUUUGAAUUCCAGCUAAAUAAUUACGAGCUUACGUUAUUCAAUUGUCUCAUGCCAAACAAUUUUACAUUAUUGUCAAAUAAUGAUGUCGCAAAAUAUCUCCCCGAAAUGGAAAUUUCAAUGGCUAUAAAACAAGUGAAUGAUAAUUCAUCAAAAAAUACAAGAUAUUUUGAUAAUGAUAAGUGGAACCGUCUUCAUAGAUUCGAGAGCGAUAUUUAUGACGAUGUACCAACAUUUUUUGUUGGUGGUCCUGUAUGGGCUUUAGCAUGGUUACCUAUUCCAUCGCCAAUGUACAUUAAAAAUCCAACACAAUAUGUUGCAAUCAGCACACACCCAACUAUGCAAAGCGAAUAUGCCGUAGGAAAAAGUUAUUCCCAACCAAAUGUUAUUCAAAUAUGGAAUGUUGGAAAUUUAAAUCACGAAAUUAAUAAUAUAAAUAGACCACCUGUUUUAUCCUACGCCAUCGCGCAUAAUAGCGGUACAGUUUGGUGCUUAGAAUGGUGUCCUUCCGGAUGCUAUCAGGAUGUGGAACUGGAUAAUUACAAAGCGGAAGAAAAUACACUUAGGCGAAUGGGAUUACUCGCGGCCGCAUGCUCAAAUGGAUGUGUAAAUAUUUUCUCCUUACCAUUUGAAGACGGACUUAAAUUUGAAAAAACAGAAUAUACUUCGUGGCCAAUUUACAAAAGCGACCCAGUAAUGACACUUGUUGUAAAUCAUGUUAUGUACGAGAAAAAAGAACAAAACUGGCAGUGCACUAAGCUGUCGUGGACAAAGGAACAUGGACACAACAUCAUCGCAGCAGGCUUUUCAAACGGUUACAUUGCAUUAUGGAAUCUUAGAGCUACCUCUUUUUUGGCACUUCAAAUGCGGAAUAAUACAAGAAUUCUAAGUGCAUUCAAACAUUUUUUUGCUCAUCAUAAUGCAGUUAGUAUGAUAGCAUUAAUUCCGUAUGGCGGAAGUCGAUAUUUAGCCUCUGGCAGCUUAGAUAGAACAUAUAAAUUUUGGGACUUAGAAAAUACAAACGUACCGCAAAAUUGUGUAAAAAAGGGUAUAAUAGUAGACGGUAAGUGGAUGACAAACUGGCCGUGUGCAGUUCUUAGUUUUGACGAUGCACUAGGAUACAAAUGUACACUUUCUCAAGUUUUACCAUUGAGGGAAUACAGAUAUAAAUGCUGUCCAAUUUUGACAGCCAAUGGACCAACUUAUAGUAUCACAGUUAACGAUUAUGCUAAUAGCAUUGCACAUGGUACAUUAGCUGGAGAAAUCCAAAGUAUCUUUCCUCAUCAUUUAUUACACACAGACAAAUUGCUUCCUACGAAAAGACAAUCAAUCUCUUUUAUCAAAAUAAUAGAUUUCUCAGAACAAUAUCAAGAAAAAGGAGAUAAAGAAAAUAAAGGUGAUAAAAAGAAUUUAAGAGAUUAUCGUUACAUGCCAGAAACUUAUAACGAGUGCAAAAAUCGAUUUGGCAUAGUUUUUUACAAUGAUUUUGUGGAUGAGAAAAAAGAAAAUAAAAAUAAGCGGAAUGAGAAUGAGAAUUUGAUAAUCAAUAUUGAACAAUAUUCGUUCACUUCUGCAAACAAAGUAGCUUGGAAUCCAAAUGCAUGGAGUUACUUGUGGCUUAUAGUCGGUUAUCAAAGUGGAUUAGUGAGAUUAUUGAAUUUAAAAUUUAUGUCUAAUCUUCAUGAUCUUGACUGUAUGUUGCCAUCGCAUGUGAAAGAUCUACUUGCUAAAAAAGGCAACUUGUCUCAGUGAUUGUAAACUUAGUUCCAUCGUGAACAUAUUGUUGUGAAUAUUGUAUACGAUAUAUAAAAUGUAAUUUUUCAUUUA